GAGAAACGUUGGAUAAGAAUGUGACACGCAGGAAGAACCCCUUCGUUUCAGAAGAGCUUCUCAUGAAAUUGAAGAGAUAUGGAUUAUCUGGAGUAUUGUCAUAUGGUUUACUUAAUACAGUCUAUUACAGCACAGCUUUCCUGUUGGUGUGGUUUUAUGUCGCCCCAGCACCUGGGAAAAUGGGUUAUCUCGCUGCAGCUGAGAGAUUCGUUAAAGUGAUGGCCAUGGUCUGGGCUGGAAGCCAAGUUACUAAGCUCGUCAGAAUAGGAGGUAAGUUGCUGAUAUUAGUUUGUUAUGAUGUUGUACGCAUGAUGCGUGUUGAUGGAUGCAGGGCAGUGGCACUUGCACCUAUUGUUGAUAGAGGAUUGUCUUGGUUUACAGUUAAAUACAAGUUUGAAAGUCAGGGAAAAGCUUUCGGCGCAAUUGUUGGGAUAUGUCUUGGUCUGGCUUUGAUGCUGUUUCUUGUUGUGACACUGCUCUGGGCUUAGCACAGAGUAAAAGCUGAAUUUGGAAGUUUUUGCUUUUACAACAAUUUUGGUUUCGGUUACAACUUACAACAGUGUGUACUCGAGAGGGCAUUGUGGACAUGAUCUGAUGUUCUGUUUUUUUUUUUUUUGUAAGAAUGAUACGAUUUUGUAAACUCAAAUAAUUAAGAAAAUAGUUCAAAA